ACGGAGGGGACGUAGUGUUUGAUCUGAAUUUUUGUUACAGAAAAAUCAGGGCUCCUGAGACUGCAGUCUGCAGAGCAGCUCUGUCCCUGCAGACACAGGAGGUGAGAGCACACGGAGACCACAGCACCCCGCUCACAAGCAGAAGGGCAGUGGGCCUUGCCGGGAACGCUUUCCACCCUGCAGGCGCCACGCCCAGCGGGUUCCCCGCGCUGCACCUGAUUGCGCUUCACAACUAGGCUAGCUCAGUGCACUGGGGGCUGCUGCUAGGCCCAGCGAAGCAUGUUGGUGCCAGGGUAAUGACUCCGUCAGGGCCAAGCAUUCCCAGACCUGCGCUCUGCCCUGCCAUUCACCAGCCACGGGGUUGUGUCACUCUGCUCAGAGUAAAGGACAGUUUACUCUGUCCUGGUUGCUCCCCAUUAGGAUGCCAUGGGUCAGCAACACGCCUGCCCCUGCCCCGCCCGCGCCGCCCUGCGCUACUGCGUCUGCACCCGGGCGCUGGAGGUGGCGGAGCAGGGCGCGCGCCUGGGCCCCGUGCGCAUCGUGCUGCACAACUGCCCCUGCUACCGCGUCCUGGCCGCGCCGCGCCACGUCUUCCUGCUGCCCGCCCCGGACGCCCACGCCGGCGCCGCCAAGCUGCUGCUGGUCUGGUGCCCGCAGGAGAGCCGCGUGGCUCUGGUUGCGCCCGCCCGAGGGCUUCUGCGCAGCUACUGCCUGCCGCCCGCGGGAGAGCUGGACUUUAAGAAGUUGGUGGCGGGGUGUGCGGGGCUCCUGCCCGCCCUGGGCCCACUGGACGUCCACACCUGCGCCCUGUCGGACUCGGGGGACCUGCUGCUACUCAGCCCCCGGGGCGCCGUGGAUCUGCUGCAGCCCGACGGCGCCCAGCGGCGCAUCUUCGACUUUGGGGGCAGCGCGCUGGCCCCAGGAGACCUGGCGCAGCUGCACGCACGGAGCGGCACCUUGGCCUGCGCGCUGGCCGGCCUGCUGUACCUUGUCGACGUGGGCAGCGGGCGCCUGCUGGACAAGAUGGUGCUGGGCACCAAGGAGGUACACUUCCUGGAGGAUGAGGAGGAGCUGCAGCUCCUCACCCCGACGGGGAUCUACAGCUAUGUCCCCCGUGGUGCGGAGCCAGGCGGGCGGCCGGAGCCCCUGCUCUCCGAGCUGGUCUUCCAGGAGGCGUGCAAGUAUUACCAGCGCCGCAGCCUCAGCAGCACGCCGCUGACAGUGGAGAAGCUGCGCAAGGGCGGCAUGUUCCAGGCACCCAUCGCACUGGCAGCCAUCCUGCACCGCGGCCUGCGCCCACAGCACGAGCCGCCCCACGGGCUCCCGGGGCCCCACGCCAAGCUGCUGAGCACCCUCAGCCUGGAGCUGCAAAGCUACCGCAGCCUGGAAGCACUGAAGGCCUGCGUGGUGGGCGCGCCGGAGGGCGAGGUGGACAGCUACUGCGAGGAGCUGGUGGAGCAGGAGCUCACCCGCCUCCUGCACUCGGAGCUGGACCCGGACAACCUGGCCUACCUGAACACCAUCUUCCGCUCCUUCCCCCGGGCCGCCUGGAAAGCCGUGCGCGCCAGCCUGCAGCUGCGGCAGGGCACCGACGGGCUCCUGGUUGCCCGGGCCACGCCAGACAUCUGGAAGAAAGUGCUGGGGGGCCCGGCGGCACGGGAGGCGGAGGGAGGCUGCAACGGGGCGCUCCCGCUCUUUGAGCUCAUCUGUGGCUCCCUGCACCGCUACAAGCCCGCGUGGCUGCCGCGCUUCGUGGCGCUGACGCAGCAGUACGCCGGCACCACGUGGCCCUACGGCAGCCAGGACGGGCCCGAGGGCCGCGUGCCCCUCUACAAGCGGGCGCUGGCCGUGCUGACCCGGCGGGCCGGGGCCGCCGGCGAUGAGGACCUGGAGAUCGAUCUGCUGCUGUGCAGCGCGCGGCCCAAGGCUGUGCUCCAGGCCAUGCGGCUCCUCGUGCGGCUGCGGCACUGGCCCCGUGUGCUGGAGGCUGCCUGCCGCUUCUGCCCGCGCAGCCCCUUGCUCAACAAGGAGAUCUUCACCACACUCCUGGCCGAGGUGGCCCAGCACCGCGAGCUGGACCCACACCUGGGCGCCCUGUGGGAGCUGUGCCCCCCAGACCUGGCAGCCACAGACGUCCUCGCCGUUGUUCUGCAGCACCUGCCCAGCCCCGGGGCGGGCGACCCCACUCCCUUCGCUGCUGCCCCAGGCACCCUGCUGACCGUGGGGCUGCUGAAACCGCUGCUGCAGCGCGUGGCACAGCGCCCACGGGCCCAGGAUGAGCUCUAUGCCGAUGCCCUGCAAAGCCCCAGCAUCCCCCCUCCCACCCCACCCCGGGAGCGCUGGGCAGGUGCCAAGCUGGCCCCAAGGACUGCCAUGCUCGGGCCAGACCAAAGCGGCACUGUGUGAAUGGCGCCGGGGAGCAGGCACCCAGGCUAGGAGCUCCAGCGUGCCCCCGGCCCCGGCGCAGGGUGAAAGACUAGAUCUGA